GUGCUGCGCCGCGGCUGCGAGGCGCUGAAGGGAGAGGCGCCGCCGCCGGCGCCGCCGAGAGGACCCGUUAGAGCGGAAGCGCUGCCGCCGCCGCCGCCGCCGCCGCCUUCGCUGUCCCGGGGCCCCAGGUACCCAGCAGGUAGGAGGCGGGAGCCAUGUCGAAGCGGCUCCGGAGCAGCUACGUGUGCGCUGACUGCAGCGGGCCGGAUCCUUCCUGGGCAUCAGUAAAUAGGGGAACUUUUAUAUGUGACGAGUGCUGCAGUGUCCAUCGGAGUCUAGGGCGCCACAUCUCUCAAGUAAGGCAUCUUAAACACACACCGUGGCCUCCGACAUUGCUUCAGAUGGUUGAAACCUUGUAUAACAAUGGUGCUAAUUCUAUAUGGGAGCAUUCUUUGCUGGACCCUGCCUCUCUUAUGAGCGGAAGACGUAAAGCUAAUCCGCAGGAUAAAGUACAUCCUAAUAAAGCAGAAUUCAUCAGAGCCAAGUAUCAGAUGUUAGCAUUUGUCCAUCGCUUGCCCUGCCGGGAUGACGAUAGUGUGACUGCCAAAGAUCUUAGUAAGCAACUCCAUUCAAGCGUGAGAACAGGGAAUCUUGAAACCUGUUUGAGGCUGUUAUCUUUAGGAGCACAAGCCAACUUCUUUCACCCUGAAAAAGGAAAUACCCCACUCCAUGUUGCCUCCAAAGCAGGGCAGAUUUUACAGGCAGAAUUAUUGGCAGUAUAUGGAGCAGACCCAGGCACACAAGAUUCCAGUGGCAAAACUCCUGUUGAUUAUGCAAGGCAAGGAGGGCACCAUGAGCUGGCAGAACGCCUUGUAGAAAUACAGUAUGAGCUGACCGACAGACUAGCCUUCUAUCUCUGUGGCAGGAAACCAGAUCACAAAAAUGGACAGCACUUUAUAAUACCUCAAAUGGCAGACAGCAGCCUGGAUUUGUCUGAAUUGGCAAAAGCUGCUAAGAAGAAACUUCAAUCUCUAAGUAAUCAUUUGUUUGAAGAACUUGCCAUGGAUGUGUACGAUGAAGUUGACAGGCGAGAGACUGAUGCAGUCUGGCUUGCCACGCAAAACCACAGCGCCCUGGUGACCGAAACAACCGUCGUUCCCUUCCUUCCGGUCAAUCCUGAGUACUCAUCGACACGGAACCAGGGCAGACAGAAGUUAGCUCGGUUUAACGCCCAUGAGUUCGCCACGCUGGUUAUCGACAUUCUCAGUGACGCCAAGAGGAGACAGCAAGGCAGUCCUCUCUCUGGUUCAAAAGACAAUGUGGAGCUCAUACUGAAAACGAUCAGUAACCAGCACAGCAUUGAGAGUGAGGACAACGACCAGCCGGACUAUGACAGUGUGGCAUCAGAUGAAGACCCAGAUCUGGAGGCCACUACCAGCAAGGCACACAGGCAGAAGAGCCUAGAUUCAGAUUUAUCAGAUGGACCAGUCACUGUGCAGGAAUUUAUGGAGGUCAAAAACGCUCUAGUGGCUUCUGAGGCCAAGAUACAACAGCUAAUGAAGGUGAAUAACAACUUGAGUGACGAGCUGAGAAUUAUGCAGAAAAAGCUUCUAACACUCCAGAGUGAAAAUUCGAACCUCAGGAAACAGGCCACAACCAAUAUAUAUCAGGUGCAAACUGGUUCUGAGUACACAGACACUUCCAACCACUCUUCCUUAAAGCGACGUCCGUCUGCCCGAGGCAGUAGGCCCAUGUCCAUGUACGAGACGGGAUCAGGUCAGAAACCAUAUCUCCCAAUGGGAGAAGUGAACCACCCCGAAGAGAGCAGGACGAGACUCCAGCCUUUCCCUGCACACAUCGGGAGGAGUGCGCUUGUGACCUCCUCUUCGUCCUUGCCUUCCUUCCCCUCCACACUUUCCUGGUCGAGGGAUGAAAGCAGCCGAAGGGCAUCCAGGCUGGAGAAGCAGAACAGCACACCUGAAAGUGACUAUGACAACACUCCUAAUGACACAGACCCAGAUGACAUGGGGUCAAGCAGGAAGGGAAGGCAGAGGAGUAUCCUGUGGCAAGGUGACAGCUCAGCACCAGAUAUGGCAGAACCCCACACAGUCCCAAGCCCCGUUCUCCCCAGCACUGAGGACGUCAUCCGGAAGACUGAACAGAUCACCAAAAACAUACAGGAGCUCUUGAGAGCAGCCCAAGAAAAUAAACAUGACAGUUAUAUUCCAUGCUCAGAGAGGAUACACGUAGCUGUUACAGAAAUGGCAGCAUUAUUCCCCAAAAAACCCAAGUCUGACAUGGUGAGGACUUCCCUUCGCUUACUGACAUCCAGUGCCUAUCGACUUCAGUCCGAGUGCAAGAAGACCCUGCCUGGGGACUCCGGCCCCCCCACGGACAUCCAGCUGGUCACGCAGCAGGUUAUCCAGUGUGCGUAUGACAUCGCCAAGGCUGCCAAACAGCUGGUCACCAUCACCACCAAAGAGAACAACAACUGAACAGCGGACUGCUGGCCCUUCUAUUUUCUAGGCUUUUCCAAGUCCGGUUUCAAAUUCAGACAUGGAACUCUUCCGAUUUUUAUAGAAACAAACAUUUAAUGGAAGUUUAAAACUUUUUUUAAAAAAACUCAGUAUUAUUUUUGCAUGUUUUCUAACAAAUUUUCAACUAUUAAUUUAACCCACUUGCCUUAUUUUGUGCCUGUUUGCCAGCUUACUUUCUCAUGUCCUGUUGUGCUGUCAGUGACCGUGGAGUUAAUGAUCAUAGACAUCCAAAAGCAUAGCUUCAUUGUUGCAAGUGUGUUAGAACUUUUCCAGCCCUUAAAACUCCCUGCCUAUGGUUAAAAUUAUAAAUGAGAUUUUUAGUGAAACAUUUUCUUGAGAGAGUUGGGUUAAAAAAAAAAAAUCAACAUUAUCUGUUCCCUACCAAGCAUUGUGCAAUAACCCUAUUCUAAGACUCUAUAAGUUUGGAGUAUCUCCAAGCAUGUAUGUAGAGACGGGACUUUGCCACUUUCUAAAACUAGUCUAACGAUCUCUCUUGGAAGGAAACUAUGAAUUGCUCCAUUUCUUUUAACUGUUCUAUCCCGUUAGAUGUUCUGUAAUUUUUCUGUCUUGAUCGUCUGUCUCUUUAUUUUACUGUCGUCCUGAAAUCUCCAUGGCGUCUGGUUAGCAAGUACUCAUCCUCCACGUCAUGUGUCAUUCGGCCACGUCUAGGUAGGAGCACCACCACAUGAUGAUGCGUAGUCAGUCCAUGGCUCUGCCUUACCACAGGAAACUAGCUGUUUUCAUUCCAGACAUGCAGCAAAGAGGAGCAUCAGCCUCACAGGCCGUAACUCAGUCUGUACCACCCCAUUCCGCUCUCACUGCCACAAACCAUGGAAGAGAAAUAAUCUACACCCCCUGACCUGGUAUUGUAUCUCACCCAAAACUCGGUUACUCCUUUAACCAUUAAGCUUUCUCAUGUGACCUGCUCCACAUAGCUCGUCACCUUUAAGGACUUCUUCUAAGGUAAGAUUUAUACAAUCAUCUGAGUUUGUUUCUCUUCCAUUACCUCACUGGUACUUAAAAAUUAGACAUCAGCUUUCGAGAAUUCCUUAGAGAGGGUGUUCUAGCUGACUGCCGGCUAUCCCAAAGCUAUGAGAGCAUACAGGUUUAAGUUCUGGAACAUACUGAGAUUGUUUUCUGAGUUGCUCAAAAGGCCUUUCUUGUUCCAAAUGUUAAUGCAUUUUCCUGUCCUCACUUAUUACAGCCGUUUUAUGUGGGUGUGGCUCAGACCCUGACCUAGACCAGAGGGGCCAGGCAGUAGUGAUGAAGAGGAAUACAGUGAGCUAGGUGCAGAGUGGGGGCGGGGACAGUGAGGACUCCCAUGGCACAGCCAGGGGGCACAGCAGCUCCCCAGCUCCAUUCAGGCUGCCAUGUGCAAAAGUGGGCCCGGCGUUGCCAGCGCUUUCAUUUCUCAAGAGACACCAGAAAUCUGGAUGUUUUUUGUGCCAUCUCUCUGUGUAUAAAUGUUGGCAACUGACCUAAACAUCUUCACAGCGCACAUGUGGGUGAGCUAUGGCCUGGAGGUUGCCAGCUCACAGCCUCUGCUCUGGGGCCCUGUCAGCUGCACUGUGAGGGCCUGGCUUCCCUGGUCACACCUGGUUUAGCCUCUGAGCCUUACCCUGUAACGUGGCCACCCUACCCUGUGUUAAGUUGCUGUUAGUCCUUGCUUUACCCGUACAUUCUGUCCCAAGGUGCUCAUUUACACACGUGAAGGAGUCAAAAUAAUCAAAGUUGCCUAAAUCCGUGCUAAAUAAGCCUGUAUUUUCACAGAACUGUUUUAUUUACAGUUACCUUUAUAUCUUGACCAUAAGCGGUCAUAAGAGGAGCACGACGAUGGUGUUUGGUUUACUGAGUGUGUGAACAUUUUGGCCAGGUUUUGCUAUACUGAGUAGCGUGGGGGAAGGGUCCACAUCUCCACACGACUCAUCCACUUGAUUGUCUGCACAAGCCUAAGUGCCAUGCUCCUGUUGGAUGCUGAGGGUAUGCCUUCUCAGAGGAUGUCUUCUACCUUAAGUUCAAGCACUGUCUGAUAACCUUUUCUGUCCCUCCUCUUUCUUGCAAACACCCGCCCUCCUGUUGAGCCCAUGUGGGGUCCUCCGGAAAGGCCCAGCAGCAGUCUUGAGUUGGUGCCUUUGGCCUCCCAGGGAGGACGGGCUUCUGAAUAAGGAGUCCUCUGCGGAGAGUGACGCGGUGUCUUCACUCGAACACUCAAAGACCUGUGAUGGAGGACUUUGUUUCUGUGUGCCCCUAGAGGAAGUCAAGGAACUUGGAGACCAACAAAGUAUUUCCAGGUCUAAACACCACAGACGUUUGCUCUGUUAAUCCACAGUGCCAAAACUCCGGAGAGAAGUUCCCAGGUGGAGUGACGUGUCGUAGGAGGAGGGCUGCACGCCUUCCUUCUCCUUAAGUGCUCUGCGCAUUGCCUCGGCCUCACCUGAGACCCGGUAUCUGACGUUCCCUGGUCCUUUUGGCCAAUCGCACCUUGUCUGAACGGUUGUUCACUGCCUUUUGCACAUGGGUUCCAUAGCCUUGCACUAAUGUGUGUGUUCUGUAAUGUCAUUGUUUUACCCUUUAUUUUCAAAUCCCCACCCUGCUCCCAAAGCUGGUAGGACACAGGUGCACUUUACAAAACUGGCACUUGCUGAAGAGGAGACAGCUCCCACCCCUAAAGCUCCUUCAACUGAAGUCAUCUUCUGCCUCAAAUGCAAAUAGUUCUUAUUUGCCAAAGAACAAGGAAUCAGGCCCAAAGAUCAAAUAUAGCCUUUCGUGUAAUUGGAACUGUAAACGCACAACUCAGGAGCUGUUGUCCAAUUCGUCAAGAGAUUUCAGCUGCAGAACCAAGAGUGAGACUAGCACGUGUUUGUCCUCCACAGCAGCUGUGAGUUCUCCAAACAAUGUUCGUUCUUUCCUUGUCCCGGUUGAAGGUCACCCUUGUUUUUACAAAAGAAAAUGCUGCAUAGGAAAAAUGAGAUGCCUUCUAUUCAAAUGUGUUUUUAAUCCAUGUCACCCAUUUUUCUGAACUUGUUUUCCAUUUUUAUUGUACAUUCUAUUCCUGUAAUUAUUGUACAACCCUUUAAGCGUUGUAAAAUCGUUUUGGAAUUUGUGCCUGCUAGUUAUGCAAUAAACAGGCUCUAUAAGUGUCUGUGCUAA